AUGCAGGAGCAUUCUCCACUAAAAAAAAAAAAAAAGGUAUCAUUCAACAGCACACAAUCUCUCUGUCAUCGUUGUUGGCAAAGAGUUGACCACUAUGUGCAACAUGAAUUAGAAGUUCUACCACCUGUACCAAAUCCAGAUCCACUACCAGAUCCAGAUCCACUACCAGCUGCAAUAGCGGUUCCACUUCCACAAAAUGAUGCACAGGGUUCCAAUAAUCGCGAACUGUAUGUAGCUGCGUAUAAAAGAGCACCAAACACAUCAAGUCACUGCAUAUUUGGUGCUUGUGGGAAUGAUGAUCGCCGGCGUAUACCAAAAACAAUCAAGCUGUAUAUGUUAACUACAUAUCAGUUGUACAUUCCUCAACAUGCACGAGUAUGCAGGGAACAUUUACAGAGUAAUAUGUGGGAUGAAUUGGAGAACCACUGCACAAUUUCUCAUUAUUUUACAGCAGAACAUUUCACAGACGUGUGUAACAUUUUGACUACAGGAAUCACAUCUAACACGCAAUAUGAUUUCGAGACUAUGGUCGGUCUUAAUGACGACAGUCUUCAUUUUUGGGUAGGACUCAAUGGAAGUGAGUUAGAAUCCAUAUUACUGCAAACACCGUCGCUUCGUGCAUACAGCGACGCUAGGACCAUACUCGGUCUUUACCUCGCGAAGCUACGGACUGGUGAGAGUAAUGAAAGGCUUGCAAACCUUUUUAAAAUGUCUCGACGUACGCUAGAGAGGAAGCUGAAGAUUGCAAGACAAUGUUUGAAUGAAGAGUAUGUUCCUCAGCAUUUAGGUAUUGAUCAUAUCACUAGAGAAGACGCACUACGAAGAAAUCUCUCAAUACCUAAAUACCUCUUCGGAAAUAAUGAAAACACGAAGUUAAUUGUGAUUUGCGAUGGAACAUAUAUUUUCAUUCAAAAAAGUUCCAACUUCUUAUUUCAAAGAUUGAGUUACAGCUUGCAUAAGUUUUCCAACUUAUUGAAGCCGUUCAUAAUAACCACUAGUGACGGUUACAUAAUUGAUAUUUUGGGUCCAUAUGCGGCAACAACCAGUGAUGCGACCAUAUUAAAUUCUAUUUUGGAAAACGAAGAAAACCCGCUGCAUGUUUUCCUUAACCAGCACGAUGUGUUUAUUUUAGACAGAGGAUUUCGAGACGCCAUACAUAAUCUGGGAAUGUAUAACUAUGAAGGCCAUAUACCUCCUACAAAAGAUAGACGUGCCACAGAAUUAACAACCACCCAAGCCAACAAAUCUCGACAAAUAACAAUUUGUCGUUGGGUGAUUGAAGUUGUCAACGGGCGUUUUAAGCGCGAUUAUAAACUUCUUCGACAGGAUUAUUUUAACAGAGCGCUAUUGCACAUGUUUGAUGAUUUCAGAGUGUGCGGAGCGUUAAUUAACCAUUUUCAUCCUGUCAUCUGUGACAGUGAACGCGCUCCUGCGAUAAUAAACCGCAUGCAGGGAAGGGUACAUUCACCGAACAUUUUGAAGGAGUAUGUGGAGCAAAAGCGUCUUAACCGACAAAGGAUUUCUUUUGUACGAAUAGAAGAUAAUCAAAUAGAGGACUUUCCACAUUUGACUGAGGAAGAAAUAAUCCUGUUCGCACUGGGCACAUACCAGUUGAAACUAGCGAGGUCCUACUGUAGUGAACAUUUACGGAAUGGCAUUUACAUAAUUGAAGUUUAUCGAGACGAGCAAUUAAAUGACUUGGCAGAAUUUAAUAUCUCUGAAACAAACGUAUUUUUGAUUAGAAUUAAUGUUCAAUCGCGACAUGUGAGGGCGCGCGAGUAUCGUGGCUACAUACUAAUUGACAGAGAUCAAACCGGCAUCAACUCUAUCAUACAGUAUUAUUGUACCUGUUUAACCGGAAGUCGUACGCUGGGAAGCUGUGCGCACAUUUUGUCCGUAGUUUGGUACAUGAGCUUUGCAAGACACGAAGGAUUCAACCCCCCAGCCCAAUAUUUAGAUUCCAUUAUUGUAGAUAUAGAUUAA